UAUAAACAGGAGCAGAGAAACAUGGCUAUGGGACAAUAUUUUUGUCCAUCAUAAGGAGAUAGAGAAAGAGAAAGACACAGACAAUACUAAGCACAAAAUGUACAGACUUUUCCCUCUCUACCUCUUCUUGAUCUUGGUUCUGAUAUCUACCGAAAACUUCACAGCUGCUGAUCAUAAAAUUGGUAGUGAAACAAUGAAGGAUGGGGGUGUUGUAGGCAUAUUAGGUGCCAUUGUUGAUAAUACUAGCCGAGCCUGCAAAGAAGAGAAGGUAGCCAUGAAAAUGGCCAUUGAGGAUUUCAAUUCCAACACAAAUCAAACCUUGAUUCUCCAUAUCAUUAACUCCUAUGGGGAUCCCCUGCAGGCAGCUCUGGCAGCUAGAGAUCUUAUAAGUAAGCAGCAAGUGAAAGCGAUUCUAGGACCGCAGACAUGGGAAGAAACGUCAUUAGUAGCCAAGGUUGGGAGCGAGAAUCAUGUCCCUGUUCUUUCUUUUGCUGAAGAUACUCCCAAAUGGGCGAAUGAAAUUUGGCCAUUUCUUGUUCAAGCUUCACCUGACCAAUCAAACCAGAUGAAAGCCAUAGCUGCUAUAGUUAAAUCAUGGGAAUGGUUUCAGGUCACUGUAAUUUACGAAGAAGGAGACUCUUCUGCAAGUAAAGUUUUACCUCAACUAUCUUAUGCCCUGAAAGAAGUAGGUGCAGAGAUUACUCAUUUUCUACCACUCCCACCUUUUGUAUCCUCUUCUUUGCUGUCUGAAGAGCUUGAAAGGCUAAAAGGAAACCAAACCAGAGUUUUUGUUGUUCAUUUGUCCUCUUCGUUGGGAGUGAGCCUAUUUGAAAAGGCAAAAGGAAUGAAUAUGAUGGAAAAUGGCUAUGUAUGGAUCGCUACUGAUCCUUUUACAAGCCUUGUUCAUUCAUUCAAUUCCUCCAUCAUUUCCUCCAUGCAAGGAGUUCUCGGAGUUAAGCGAUACAUUUCCGAAGAUUCUGACCCUUUUCGUUAUUUUGAUAACAGAUUUCGUAAAAGAUUUCGCUUAGAACAUCCCGAAGAGGACAACUAUGAGCCUGGUAUUUUUGCAGUGCAGGCUUAUGAUGCUGCAAUGACGGUAGCUUAUGCAAUGAAGAAAAGCAGCAAAUUAGGGGGUCAAAAUUUGUUAGAAAACAUUUUGCAAAGCAAAUUUCAGGGCUUAACAGGGAAGGUUGAAUUUAGUACUAACCAAAAAUUACCUCCAGCAGACAUUUUCCAAAUCAUCAAUGUGAUGGGAAAGAGUUAUAGAGAACUUGGUUUCUGGUCUGAAAAAUCAGGUUUCUCUGUGAGUUUAGGUGAAAAUGCUAAGAACUGCUCUUCCAUGGGAGAUUUGGGGCAAGUAUUUUGGCCAGGUGCACCUACUUCUACUCCAAAAUGUUGGACUCCAACAAAUUCAAAGCCAUUGAGGAUUGGUGUCCCAAACCUAUCAACUUUCCAAAAGCUUGUGAAAGUAGAGCAAGAUAAUCAAUUGGGAAAUAACUUUUCUUUCAGUGGACUUUCAAUAGAGGUCUUCAAAGAGACUUUGAAGAAACUACCAUACAAUUUUCCUUACGAAUUCAUCCCCUACAACGAUGGCACAUAUGAUUCUUUAGUGGAGCAAAUACAUCUCAAGAAUUUUGAUGCUGUAGUUGGUGAUGUAGCUAUUCUGGCCAAGAGACAGAAACAUGCAGAAUUCACACAAGCGUACACAGAACCUGGAUUGAUGAUGGUUGUCCCCGUUCGACAAGAAACGCGUAAUAGAGCUUGGUUGUUCAUGAAGCCUUUCACAACAUCCAUGUGGGUUUUCAUAGUACUUGUCAACGUUUACAAUGGCUUUGUGGUCUGGUUUAUAGAGAGAAACCAUUGCCCUGAACUCAAAGGCUCCAUGAUUAACCAAAUUGGAACUUUGAUUUGGUUGGCCUUCUCCACUCUUUUCUCCUUACAUGGGGAUAAAUUACACAGCAACUUGUCUCGGAUGACAAUGGUAGUGUGGCUAUUUGUGGCACUGGUCAUCACACAGACAUACACGGCUAACCUCACCAGCAUGCUCACUGUCCAAAGGCUCGAACCCACCAUAGCCAACGUUGAUAUACUGCGUAGCACCAACGCUAUGGUCGGUUAUUCCAGGGGAUCCUAUGUUCGAAGUUAUCUAAAUGAAGUCUUGGGAUUCAAGGACAACAACAUAAAAAAUUUCUCCACACCAGAAGAACAUGCUAAAGCCCUAAGAAGCAGAGAAAUAGCAGCAGCUUUUCUUGAAGUCCCUUUGGCCAAACUAUUCCUUGCAAAACACUGCAAAGGGUUUGUCACAGCUGGACCAACCUAUAAAGUUGGAGGCUUUGGAUAUGCAUUUCCAAGGGGUUCUCCAAUGCUUCCCAGUAUAAAUGAGGCACUACUAAAGGUAUGCGAAAGCGGGAAACUUCUAGAGUUAGAAGAAAAAAUGCUUGCAUCUGAGAAGUGUGAAGACGUGGAUGAAGAAGGUGAAGAAAGUACUAAAAGUCUCAGCAUCAAUAGCUUUUGGUUACUGUUCAUAAUCACAGGAACCAUAUCCACCAUUGCUCUGGUGUUUUACUUGUGUCUUUUGUAUAAAUCAAAGUUUGAGCAAAAAAAUUGGAUGUGGAGGUUAAUGAUGGUUGUGAUGAAAUACUGGGGAUAUGGAAAGGGAAGGUUCUCCAGAAGAGUGAGUGAUGUUCCUGAGAGUGGGAGGAAUUCUGUGGAUAAUGGAUCUGAUUCUCAUGCACAUACUUUAGUUUAGACAAACAGAUCAAGCCCAAAUUUUUGGCGACAAAUUGAAGCAUAUAAUCUUAGAAAUUUUUCCAUUUCUUGUAGUGUCUCUGCAGGAUAUGUUUAAUUAUUGACACAUUUUAUUGUUGUAGCAUUUAACUCAUAUUUAGCUCAAAUUUGUUAAUGUUCUAAUGAACCUGCUAUAGAAGCCUGCUCUUCGGAAAAUUUCAAACGGUA